AUGCUUGGGCUGCUCCUGGCGCUCCUCGGGUGCGCUGCCAAUAUCACGGUCCACAGCAUGGAGUCCUCAAACCCGUGUGUGUUUCAGGCGAGGGCCGCGAAAGAUUUCGCAGUCGGCGAGGUGGUGUUGAUUCCGCACGGACCUGUGCACGACUUCUCGGAGGGGGCCAAGAUGAGGAGGCCAAAAUCGCAUCAUCCGCAGCACCCCUACUUGGUAACGACAGAAAUCGGAGCCUACGACAUCUGCGACGACCUAUCGAAAUACAUCAUCCAGAGCCCCCUCGCCCAGUUCAAGCCAGGCAAGGCCCUAGGGGUGUCGCCCUUCUGGGCGGUCUUGGAGGCGACGGUGGCCGACACCACGGUGGGGAACUUGGAGGCGAGGUGCCUGACGCAAGAGAUCUCCUGCGAGUUCAAGCAGGAUGGGCGCAAGCAGCGUGGGAAAGAUAAAGCCCCAACGGUGACGAUCCUGGUGCCCGCGUUCGUGAACGUGAAGGCGGUGAUGCGCGGGGCAGUCUUCGUCGCCAAGCCUGCUGCCAUCCAGAACAUGUGA